AUGACCCAAUCAAUGAAACUAUCUUUGGUGGAGACACUCGCACGAUUCGAAAAGGACGUGAAGCGAACCGACACAGGGUUCCUGGCAAUAGCUACAGAGGCGGAGAACGACAGGGAGAGAACCUCGGAACCUCCAGGGAAAAUCAAGGAACUGUUAAAGGAGUUUCAAGACAUUCUUCCGGACGAUCUUCCGAACGAGCUACCGCCAUACCGAACGCAUCAGCAUGAGAUCGUAGAGGAACCGGGUUCGAAGCCGACCUUCCGAGCACCAUAUCGGCUCAGCCCUACGGAGCUGACCGACAUGAAAAAACAGAUCGAGUAUCUCCUAGCCAAAGGACUCAUCCGACCAUCCACUUCACCAUACGGUGCCCCAGUGCUCUUCACACCGAAACCGGACGGAAGCCUGCGCAUGUGCAUCGACUACCGAGCUCUCAACAAGCAGACCAUCAAGAAUAAAUAUCCGAUACCACGAAUCGAUGACCUGCUUGAUCAGCUUCGGGGAGCUACAGUAUUUUCCAAACUGGAUCUGCGGUCCAGAUACUGGCAGAUACGAAUGGCGGAUAACUCUAUCCACAAAACUGCUUUCCGAACUCGGUAUGGAUCAUACGAGUAUUUGGUAAUGCCGUUCGGACUCACCAACGCACCGGCAACAUUCCAAGCCAAAAUGAACCAUAUUCUACGACCACUUUUGGACGAAUGCGUGGUGGUGUACCUGGACGACAUCCUCAUCUACUCACGUGACAUGAAGCAGCACGUCGAACACCUGCGACGCGUCUUCGAAAUUCUUCGACGCGAACGAUUCUACGUCAAACUGUCCAAGAGCGAAUUCGCCCUUGAGAAGGUCAAGUUCCUAGGACACAUGGUGAGCGCUCAAGGAGUUCACGUCGACCCCAAGAAAAUCGAAGCCGUACGUACGUGGCAGACACCCGAGAAUGUGAAGGAGUUGCAGCAGUUCCUAGGCUUCGCUAAUUAUUACAACAGGUUCGUGCCACAGUAUGCGAAAAUCGCAGCACCACUCACGAAUCUGCUGAAGAAGAACACACCCUGCAAAUGGGAGCCGAAGCACCAAGAAGCCGUGGAGCAGCUGAAGCAAGCACUUACGUCCGCACCCAUACUCAUCUUGCCAGAUCCCGAACGCGACUACGUCAUCGAAGCUGACGCCAGCGACCAGGCAGUGGGAGCAGUCUUAAUGCAAGAUCAAGGGAAUGGACUGCAACCAAUCGCCUACCUCAGCAAGAAACUACACGGGGCAGAACUCAACUACCCAAUCCACGACAAAGAGGCCCUUGCUAUCAUCAUCGCCUUCAAAGCAUGGAGAUGUUAUCUCGAAGGACGACGAAUAACCGUCUACACCGACCACUGCAGCCUGAAAUACUUGAAGACACAACCCAACCUUUCCAGGCGACAGGUCCGGUGGAUCGACUUCCUCGAGACACACUUCCACUACGACAUCGUGUACAAGCCCGGCCACAAAAACAAAGCAGACGCUCUCAGCCGGCCUGCACACGUUGCCGCUAUUCAGUUACUACUCGAAGAAUACCACGACGUCCUCUACGCCGGACACUUCGGUAGCAACAAGACGCUGACCGGUAUCGCAAAGCACUACUACUGGCCCCACUUGGCAGAAGACGUUCAGAAGUUCGUCACCUCAUGUGAUACAUGUCAGCGAAUGAAGAGCAGCAAGCAGAAAAAGGCGGGACUACUGCAGCCUCUUCCUGUCCCAGAACAACCAUGGCAAGUGGUUAGCCUGGACUUCAUCACCGGGUUACCACCUACCACCAGCGGUCAUGACACAAUCCUUGUCGUCAUCGACAAAUUCUCAAAAAUGGGACACUUCAUCCCGACACACACGACAGCACGCACCAAAGAAACAGCACAACUCUUCGUUCGAUACAUCAUCUCACAGCAUGGCAUUCCAACCACACUCAUCUCCGACCGAGACCCCAAGUUCACCAGCAAGUUCUGGAAGGAACUUAUGUCUCUCCUCGGGACCAAACUCGCCAUGUCAUCCGCUUACCAUCCGCAGACAGACGGACAGACCGAGCGCCUCAACCAAAUUGUUGAGCAACUCCUCCGAGCAGCCUGCAAAGACGAGAUCUCCAAAUGGGACUUGCACCUGCCCGUACUCGAGUUUGCUUACAACAAUGCUACACAUGCCGCUACUGGACAGACGCCGUUCUUCCUCUGCUACGGACGCCACCCACUCACACCACAAAAACCGACAACAUCAGCUACAGUCCAACCUGCGCAUGAUUUCAUCACAACCAUGCAUCAGCAUUGGGAUCGGACCCACAAGCGCCUCCUUGACAUUCAGCAGCAACAAAAGCGCCAGGCCGAUCGCCAUCGCAACGACCACACCAUCACGGUGGGAGACCAGGUACUUCUUGACACCCGCAACCUGGACAUCAGCCACCUCCCAUCUAAACUUCGACCUCGCUUCUGCGGGCCUUUUCUCGUUGAAGCACAGCCGGAGUUAGAGGAAUUGCGGAAUUACUUACUGGAGAAAAGAUUAAUCCGCCCGAGUUCCUCGCCAUUUGCCGCCCCCAUACUAUUCACCCCGAAGAAAGACGGCGGGUACCGAAUGUGCAUUGACUACAGAGCACUGAACAAGGUGAAAAUUAAGUCACGCUACCCUAUCUCGCGCGCCGACGAGCUGAUAGACCAGCUUCGCAAAGCUCGCUUCUUCUCCAAAAUAGGUUUCGAGUAUAUCGUUAUGCCCUUUGGGUUGACAAACGCCCCGACAGCUUUUCAGAUGACCAUGAACCAGAUCUUCAGUUCACUCAUAGAUAGGCAUGUUAUAGUCUACCUAGACGAUAUCCUGAUCUACAGCGAGACCCCGGAGCAGCACUAAAAAGGACCGAAACAAUUUUCAUG